AUGUCAAUUUCUGUGGAGGACAGCUCUGACAGGAGCGAAGUGCUGCAAAGCUCGGAAGGGAGUAAAACUGAUGCCCUCACCAAAGACGCCUCAGUAACAGUGGGAGAAAAGCAGCGAGCCUCCUCACCUGAUGAAGCAGAAGGUGAUGGUUCUGCUGGACCUCAGGAUGAAGCUGAAACCGUCUACGUCAAUGGCCACCCUGUGAUUGAAAAUGGAGAUGAUGUUUCGAAAUUCCUGAUCUCCGAUCGAGAUGACGGCGAUCCUUCGUUCACGUUUCGCUCGAUAGUUUUGGGCACAGCUUUCACAGCCCUUUCUAGUGUCAUCACCAUGAUCUACAUCUUCAAGCCGACCAUGAUGCAAGUUUCGGCAGUUUUCCUCCAGCUGCUGGUCUACGUCUUUGGCGAAGCGUGGGCAAGGUUCACCCCUCGACCUGACCGAUUCAAACAGGGAUGGGUGCAGAAAAUACUUCGAUUCCUUAACUCUGGACAGCCAUUUGGAAUCAAAGAACACGUUGUCGCGUCACUGAUCGCUUCGUCAGGUAACAAUGGUCUUUCCGGAGUCGAGGUCUAUGCUGUUGAGCGACUCUUUUACGACCGAAGCGUUUCCGCGUCUACUGCUGUGCUAGCUACUUUCUCCAUCUCCCUUUGUGGGUUUGUUGUGGCGGGUGUAUUGCGACCACUCAUCGUAUACCCUGCAGAAAUGGUGUACUGGAGCACUUUGCCACAAGUGGUGUUGUUCCAAAAUCUCCACUUCGAUGUCCGCGCGAACCGAGGCCGACUUAUCAAGUUCGGCUGGGCCCUUGCUCUUGCUGCCAUUUGGGAGUUCUUCCCAUCAUAUAUCAUUACUUGGUUCAGUGGACUUUCCAUCGUUUGCCUGGCGUCAAUGAAUGCCCCGACCAAGACUAGAACUAUUCUCUCCACAAUUUUCGGGGGUGCGUCAUCCAACCAGGGAUUGGGUCUGCUCAAUUUCUCUCUGGAUUGGCAAUAUAUUCAGAGCACGUAUCUAUCCUUGCCCUUCAAGCAACAGGUGAACACUUGGAUUGCGUAUGUGAUCUGGUACCCUGUCAUGCUAGGUCUCUACUACAGCAACGCCUGGAAUGCCAAAACCUUUCCAUUCAUGUCGAGCUCUCUGUUCAAGAGUGAUGGGACCAAGCUAACCACGACUACAAUCUUGAACGACGAGGGAUUGAUUGAUGACGCCAAGCUUGCCAAAAUUGGGCUGCCCUACUUGACUUCCAGCACCGUCUGGGGAUAUUUCACGCAGAAUCUUGCAAUUGGAGCUUUGAUUACUCAUGUUAUUAUCUUCUUUGGCAAAGAUAUGGUACUGGCAUGGAAGCAGGCGCGAAGCAAGACUCAACCUGAUCUACACUAUCGGGCAAUGCUCAAAUACAAAGAGGUUCCAAUGUGGUGGUACUUAGUUCUGUUCGUUCUCUGCUUCAUUGCGGGAAUCAUCGUGACUGCCCGCGGCGAGACAACCCUUCCUGUUUGGGGUUAUAUUAUCGCUCUUCUCCUUGGAGCAUUCAUUGCACCAUUCUCAUGUAUUCUGUACGGACUCUAUGGGUCUGGAGUUGGAACGAAUCAAAUCUCAAAGAUGGUUGCAGGAGCAGUUCAUCCGGGUCGGCCCUUGGCCAAUCUUUACUUUGCUAGCUGGUCUCACCAAGUCAUCCUGCUUGCAGUCAAUUUGGCAAACUGGUUGAAGGUUGGACAGUACACAAAGGUGCCGCAUCGGGUCAUGUUUGGCACUCAAAUAUACGCAACUCUUCUGGGAGCUGGCCUGAACUACGCUGUUAUGACCACCAUCGUGACAAACCAGCGCGAUAUUCUUCUUGAUCCUGAAGGUAACAGUGUUUGGAGUGGCUCUUUCGUGCAAAGUCUCAAUUCUCAAGCCAUUACCUGGGCUCUGGCCAAGGAUAUGUACGGUGCUAAGAGCCGAUACUUCAUUGUUCCCCUUGGUAUUGUCAUCGGUCUAGCUCUUCCAAUUAUCCACUGGGGCGUGGGUAGGAUCUUCCCGCGAAUUCGCAGGUGGCCUAUCAACACUCCAAUCAUUGCUUUAUAUUCGGGCUACACUUAUUAUGGAAACACCUCCUGGAUUUGGUCGUCGAUUGCAGUGGGAGUCCUUUCUCAAUUCUGGCUUCGCCGCAGACUGCCCCGAAUCUACAACAAGUACAACUACCUCAUCGGAGCUGCUAUGGAUGGAGGCUCUCAGAUUGUCAUUUUCAUUCUGUCGUUUGCGGUCUUCGGAGCCAGUGGAACAGAACACCCAUUCCCGACGUGGUGGGGAUCGCCUUCUGGUAACCCAGAUCACUGCUUAUAG